UUCCCCGCGGAACCAGCGUCGGAAAAGGUCGAGGGGAGCGAAGACCACAGGCAUCCUCGCAUCGCAUUAGCUGCCAACAUGAACAACCACCAUCACACCCAGCAGCAGCAGCAGAAAGCCGGCGAGCAGCAGCUCAGCGAGCCCGAGGAUAUGGAGAUGGAAGCGGGUGACACAGAUGAUCCCCCGAGAAUCACUCCAAAUCCGGUCAUCAAUGGGAACGUGGCCAUGGCUGACGGACACAACAACACAGAGGAAGACAUGGAGGACGACACCAGCUGGCGGUCGGAGGCCACGUUCCGCUUUGUGGUGGAGCGCUUCAGCCGGCUGGGCGAGUCGGUGCUGAGCCCCUCCUGCUUCGUGCGCAACCUGCCCUGGAAGAUCAUGGUGAUGCCCCGCUUCUACCCCGACAGGCCUCAUCAGAAGAGCGUGGGUUUCUUCCUGCAGUGCAACGCUGAGUCCGAUUCCACGUCGUGGUCGUGCCACGCCCAGGCGAUGCUUAAAAUCAUCAACUACAAAGACGAUGAGAAGUCCUUCAGCCGCCGGAUCAGCCACCUGUUCUUCCACAAGGAGAACGACUGGGGCUUCUCCAACUUCAUGUCCUGGAGUGAUGUGACGGAUCCAGAGAGGGGAUUCAUCGAAGACGACAAGGUCUCCUUCGAAGUCUACGUCCAGGCCGACGCCCCUCACGGCGUGGCGUGGGACUCGAAGAAACACACCGGCUAUGUUGGCUUGAAAAACCAAGGAGCCACGUGUUACAUGAACAGUUUAUUACAGACGCUGUUCUUCACCAAUCAGCUUCGCCGGGCGGUCUACAUGAUGCCGACAGAAGGGGACGAUUCUUCAAAAAGUGUCCCCCUGGCUCUCCAGAGGGUAUUCUACGAGCUCCAGCACAGCGACAAGCCAGUGGGCACCAAGAAGCUGACCAAGUCUUUCGGGUGGGAAACACUAGACAGCUUCAUGCAGCAUGAUGUACAGGAGCUAUGCAGGGUGCUUCUCGACAACGUGGAGAACAAGAUGAAAGGGACAUGUGUGGAAGGUACCAUCCCGAAGCUCUUCAGGGGGAAGAUGGUGUCCUAUAUCCAGUGUAAGCACGUAGACUACAGGUCCGAGCGAAUAGAAGAUUACUAUGACAUCCAGCUGAGCAUAAAAGGAAAGAAAAACAUUUUUGAGUCCUUCAAAGACUACGUGGCAGUGGAGCAGCUGGACGGGGACAACAAGUACGACGCCGGAGAGCACGGCCUACAGGAAGCGGAAAAGGGGGUGAAGUUCCUGACGUUUCCACCCAUCCUGCACCUGCAGCUCAUGCGAUUCAUGUACGACCCACAGACCGACCAAAACAUCAAGAUCAACGACAGGUUUGAGUUUCCCGAACAGUUACCUCUGGACGAGUUCCUGCAGAAGCCAGACGUCAAGGACCCCGCCAACUACAUCCUCCACGCCGUGCUGGUGCAUAGCGGGGACAACCACGGCGGCCACUAUGUCGUCUAUCUCAACCCGAAAGGAGACGGCAAAGUGAGUGUCAAGGAACCAAUAUGGUGCAAAUUCGACGAUGAUGUGGUGUCCAGGUGUACGAAAGAGGAGGCGAUCGAACACAACUACGGCGGGCACGACGACGACCUGUCCGUGCGUCACUGUACAAACGCCUACAUGCUGGUGUACAUUAGAGAAUCAAAGCUCAGCGAAGUGCUGCAGCCCGUCACAGACCUGGACAUCCCCCAGCAGCUGGUGGAGCGGCUGCAGGAGGAGAAGAGGGUGGAGGCGCAGAAGAGGAAGGAGCGCCAGGAGGCCCACCUCUACAUGCAAGUACAGAUUGUGACGGAAGACCAGUUCUGCGGGCACCAGGGCAACGACAUGUACGACGAGGAGAAGGUGAAGUACACCGUGUUCAAGGUGCUGAAGAGCUCCACGCUGGCUGAGUUCGUCCAGAACCUCUCCCAGACCAUGGAUCAGAUCCGGCUGUGGCCGAUGCAGGCGCGGAGCAACGGCACGAAGAGGCCCGCCAUGCUGGACUACGAGGCCGACUGCAGCAAGUCGAUGAUCGACUUGAGCGACAACGAAAACCCCUGGACAAUAUUUCUGGAAACAGUAGAUCCAGAGAUGGCCGCCAGCGGGGCAACAUUACCCAAGUUCGACAAAGACCAUGAUGUGAUGCUGUUCUUGAAGAUGUACGAUCCAAAAACAAGAAGCUUAAAUUAUUGUGGACAUAUCUACACGCCUAUAUCCUGUAAAAUACGAGACUUGCUGCCAGUCAUGUGUGAAAGAGCUGGAUUUCAGCAAGGAACUAGCCUUAUCCUCUAUGAGGAAGUUAAACCGAAUUUAACAGAGCGGAUCCAAGACUACGACGUCUCCCUGGACAAGGCUCUGGAUGAGCUCAUGGAUGGAGACAUCAUCGUGUUUCAGAAGGACGACCCCGAGAACGACACGAGCGAGCUGCCGACCGCGAAAGACUACUUCAGAGACCUGUACCACCGGGUGGACGUCAUCUUCUGCGACAAGACGAUCCACAACGACCCCGGCUUUGUAGUGACACUGUCGAACAGGAUGAACUACUUCCAGGUGGCAAAGACUGUUGCGCAGAGGCUAAACACCGACCCGAUGCUCCUGCAGUUCUUCAAAUCGCAAGGGUACAGGGACGGCCCCGGUAACCCUCUCAGGCACAACUACGAAGGCACUCUCAGAGACCUGCUGCAGUUCUUCAAGCCCCGGCAGCCGAAGAAGCUCUACUACCAGCAGCUGAAGAUGAAGAUCACAGAUUUCGAGAACAGGAGGAGUUUCAAAUCCAUAUGGUUGAACAGUCAGUUUCGGGAAGAGGAGAUAACACUAUACCCCGACAAGCAUGGCUGUGUGGGUGACCUGCUGGAGGAAUGUAAAAAGGCUGUGGAGCUGUCUGACAAAGGUUCAGAGAAGCUCAGGCUUUUAGAAAUUGUUAGCUACAAAAUCAUUGGGGUUCACCAAGAGGAUGAACUGCUUGAAUGUUUAUCUCCUGCCGCAAGUCGAACGUUCAGAAUAGAGGAAAUCCCUCUGGACCAGGUUGACCUGGACAAGGAGAACGAGAUGCUAAUUCCUGUCGCGCAUUUCCAUAAGGAGGUCUUCGGGACUUUCGGGAUCCCGUUCUUGCUGAAGAUCCGACAGGGGGAGCCCUUCAGGGAGGUUAUGAGAAGAAUCCAGACCAUGCUUGACAUCCAGGAGAAGGAAUUUGAAAAGUUUAAGUUCGCAAUUGUGAUGAUGGGUCGGCAUCAGUACAUCAACGAAGAGGAAUAUGAAGUAAAUUUGAAAGACUUUGAGCCACAGCCAGGAAACAUGUCCCAUCCCAGGCCUUGGUUGGGACUCGAUCAUUUCAACAAGGCUCCAAAGAGAGGUCGCUACACUUACCUGGAAAAAGCGAUCAAGAUCCACAACUGAUGUGUUCAAACCUAACACCGACCGUACUAAAGACUUUAACCAAACCUCUCGUGUGCACCGCUUUUAACAACCGCAGCGUCUGGGUACACACGCCCCCGUUUAUGAAGUCCUCAGCAAAUGGAUUUGCUGCUGAUCCUUUUUUUUUUUCUUUUCUUUUUUUUUUUUUGUUGGGGAUGAGGCUGUUCAGUGUGGCUUCUCUGUAACUAUAGACUGCCUAUUUGGGUCCGGAUGAAUGAAUUUGGAUUUUAAGAGCGCAGGCCGAGAGGACAGCGAAAACUCGUAGGCGUUCUUUUCUUUUUUUUUCUUCCUUGUUUUGUUUUAAAAAAAAAAAAAAAAAAAAAGAAUUGUUACGGCGAGAAAGCUGCUGC